GAGUUCGUUUAACUAUUUCGCAAUGCAGAUCGGUUUCUUGCUAUCCGUAUUCCUGGCUGUGCUUUGCAUAUGUCAUGGUAAAGACAUAAUUAAAGACUGCCAAGAAGAAUAUGAAGUAACUGAAGCUGAAGUGGACCCCAUAUCGAAGAAAGCACCCAUAGAAAGUUUGUCACUCAUACUUAAGUGUUAUGCCAAGUGCACCAUAGCUCAUCUAUUGGGAGAUGAUGGAAAACUUGCCGUGGAACGUGUUGAUAAACAGAAAGGUUUGAAGUGCAGGAAACGGUAUGAUAACUUAGUUAUCACUAAUGAGGAGGUGUUUUGCGAUUAUGGUGCUAAAAUUCUGUAUUGCUUGAAUGAAUAACUGGUAUUCUAUAAUUGAAAUAAAACAACUUCUUGUGAUUAAAUUGUCAAAUAGAAAUUCUAAGAGCUUUUUUUUGGGUUAUUGUUAAAAUAAACCCAAGAAAAAACAAUACCGAAAAAAAAAAACAAAAAAAAAUUGUAAUAAGCAAGAGAACGAAAUGAGACAACCGAUAACGAAAGUUCACUGGUUCAAGCACGAUCGAAUAGCGAAGAGCUAGCGAGAACAACAAAUAAUGCUCUCUGCUUAGUUUACGUCUUCAUUAUUUUUGGAUUAUGCUACAGCACACAACACAUUUCAUUUAGU